AUGGUGGCUUCAGAUCCUGGUGCACCCUGUUCAAAGGCAACCGCUGUUGCUGCUGCAUCUUUCUUUUUAUUCGCAUUACUUUCAUUACUUUCGCUACAUUUUUCACCGGUUGGGGAUACCACCGGGGGAGGUGGCCCGGGUUUUGGGGAUAGUUCCUCCCCACUCCCACCUGUGCCACCCCCGGAUAACUUGAUCACCGAUGGGGUCGACGUUUUGAAGAUUUGUAUUUUGCCGCCUAACGCUAAAAGUAAGAAGUAUUUUAAAAGCACAUUAAGAGCGAGGGAGAAGAACACGAGCGCGCAACAUGCAGUGAGCCGUAUACAAAGGUCUGAUUGCUGGACACCCGGUGAAAUAUGCCAGUCUCCACCAAUAACCGACAAUGAAGUUGUUUCUAUUGAUGUUGGAUUACUAUACUCUAACGUCAUUCAUUAUCGUACCCCAGGGAACGGACGGUUUUUGACUGCGGGGAUUCUAUGGAUUAACUAUUUAGGAAUGCGAGCAGACCGCAGGAAUGAAGGAAAUGAACUGAGAGGAACGAAUCUAGUAACAUUAUGAAGGCACAUAAUAGGUUCAUUAUUUUAACAAUUCUUUAUAGAUAGAGAAAAUUACGAAUGAGAAAAUGAAAUAAAUAAUCGAGUAUAAAAAAUA